AUGAUUAAAUUACAAAUUCUUUCUGAUGCCUCGCACGGCAAUGGUACCAUGAUGGUUAAAGAUAUUGUAUGCACACACCGAGUUUAUGGUUAUGUGAGUGUUACACCUAAAGCCGAUUUAAUGGCAAUGGAAGAACCCCUUAUUAAAUAUUAUGGCCAAUCAAAGGGAAAAGCAUUGUCUCUAAUAGCCAUCGGCGGUAAUCACAGUAUGUCAGAGUCCAUGAAGUACGCGGUCGAGCAACCACAACUGUUUACAAUAAACGUGAUUUCAUAUUUGAACCAAAAUAACCUCGAUGGUCUGGUUGUCGACACGAGUAUGUGGUUUCCCCGGGAUAAUGUUCCUGGGUACGUUAACCUGAUGGCUACACUUAGAAAGCACUUUGGUACCGAUAAUCCGAUUAUUACAGCCCAAUGCACCGUCGGAUUGUUACCUAUGGCCGACGUAACCCAAAUGGUGAAACAACUGGCCAUACUUACGCUAUACCAGUGCGAAUUGCACAUAAAUGACCGUGAUGCUAUCAGUGACCUAGAGUCAAGCGAUAGUAUAGCUGUACCUGCUGAUCCUUUAUUAACGGCGGUUAGUAACGGGUGUCUCAUAGGGGACGCCAAUGCGUUAAAGUCGUCGUUAUUGAUGGCCAUAGCCGCCACACCGGCAAACCAAGUAGACACCCAUUUAGCCUUUGCCUCACACGAUGCCGGGGUUUCGAAGGACACCCAUUGGUCACCCUUUGUGGCGAUCUAUAAGAUUUGUUUGAAUACCUCGUUGUAUCCAAGUUUACCCGCAUUUGCGGAGUACGGUCCCGCACGACCAGGUCCAUUAGCCGGGGCACCUUCCCCAUUUUCCUUUUUAUUCACUAAUGUCCAUGAGCGUCCAAAGAAUGGCAAGAACGAUGAUGCGUGUCCAUUUAUCACUUCUGCCAACAAUAACUGCCAAUACAUAUUUAGUACCGAAAACCUUUCUAAGUGUAGCCAUCAGGUUAACGUACCCAGGAACAUUAUCCCGGGGAAACCACAUACUCGUGUCGACAACCAGGCCAUCGAGGUUAUUUUGGUUCAAAUAUGA